AUGCAGAACUUUCGAAUGCUAAAUCGAGGAAUUUCAAGUGCAGCAAAGGAGGAAGGACGUAUUCUUGGUACAACCAGUGCACCCUAUUACGUAAAAGAGAAAGGCCUACUUAAAAAGGUGCUCCUGUACACCGCCGGAGGCAUUGUAGUUGUUGGCGUUGCAACCUACGCCUUUGAUACAGUAUUGCAGGAUCUGGAUGUUCGCAAGUUCGAAGGUUUGAAAGAAGUGCAGGAUUUGACCACGGUAUUCAGUGAUGUAAGGGGGGUCGACGAAGCCAAAGCUGAGCUUGAAGACAUUGCUGACUACCUAAGAGAUCCCAAGCGUUUCACACGCCUUGGUGCCAAGCUUCCAAAGGGUGUUUUGCUUAUGGGCCCACCCGGCACAGGGAAGACCAUGUUGGCUAGGGCUGUGGCCGUGGAAGCCGGCGUCCCUUUCUUUGCGUGCACUGGCAGUGACUUUGAGGAGAAAUAUGUAGGUGUUGGGGCCAAGAGAAUGAGGGAGCUCUUUCAUGCAGCAAAGAAGCGAUCUCCUUGCAUAAUAUUCAUCGAUGAAAUUGAUGUAAUUGGUAGGCAGAGAAAGGCAGAUGAUUCAAAGUUUCAGACGGACACCCUGAACCAGCUGCUUGUUGAGAUGGAUGGCUUCAGGCAGAACGAGGGGAUCAUUGUGGUCGCAGCAACCAACCUUGCACAGUCGCUAGAUGACGCCCUUGUCAGGCCUGGGCGUUUUGACCGCCAUGUUCAUGUUCCCCUUCCUGAUGUUGUGGGCAGAAUGCAGAUCCUCGAGGCUCACAUGUCAAAGGUGCGUAAAUCCCUGGUUGUGAAUACCAUAGGCAUCGCGAGGAGGACGCCUGGGUUCUCAGGUGCAGACCUUGCAAACCUAGUGAAUGAAGCCGCCCUCAAGGCUUCCAAGGAUGGGGCAAAUUCUGUUGGGAUGGAGCACCUUGAGUACGCUAAGGACAAGAUCAGCAUGGGCAUGGAGCGCAAGUCGCUGGUGAGAUCUGCUCAUUCCAAGAAGAUGACUGCGUACCAUGAGGGUGGGCACGCCCUUGUUGCAAUGUUGACGGACGGUGCUGAUCCUGUCCACAAGGUCACCAUUGUGGCCAGAGGAAAUGCUCUUGGCCAGGUGAUACGGGUCCCCGGGGAAGACAGCGAGGUCAAGCGCACGAGGAAGCAGAUGCUGGCGGACUUGGAUAUCUGGAUGGGAGGGAGGGUGGCCGAGGAGCUUGCUUUUGGAGAAGCCGAGGUGGGCACAGGUGCCUUCUCUGAUCUAAGUGAGGCGACUAAGCUGGCGAGAGAGAUGGUCACCAGGUAUGGUAUGAGCAAGCGGGUCGGCCCUGUCUGCUACGACAAUGACGAUGGCGGCAAGACGACCAACAUGAGCGAGCGAACGUCGGAACUGGUUGAUGAGGAAGUGAAAGCAUUGUUGGACAAAGCUUACAAGAACGCGAAAAGGAUUCUUACAAAGCACAACAAGGAGCUCCAUGCGCUAGCAAACGCCCUCCUGGAGAGUAAAACUCUCACUGCUGACCAGAUCAAGGAACUAGUAUCGAACAUCGACACAAACAAUCGCAACUAG